AUGCAGAACUCCGCGAACCCUUCCGGUAUCAUCAACGCUCAGUAUUGUGUUCCCUAUAACGUAGAACUAGCAAUUGUUAGAAAGGUCAUGACACUUGCUGAUAAGCUCACCGUCACCGACGUCAAUGGCAAAAUCGUUUUCAACCUUAAGGCCUCUCUCAUGACCUUCCAUGAUCACCGUGUCUUACUUGAUUCUGCCGGAAAUCCCGUCCUCACGCUUCGUCGAAAGGUAAUGUCAGCACAUGAUAGGUGGCAAGUUUUUCAAGGUGAAAGCAUGGAGCUGAAAGAUUUGGUCUUUAGUGUAAAGCGAUCAUCCAUGUUCCAGCUAAAGACAAAAUUAGAUGUGUUCUUAGCUAAUAAUACUAACGAAGAAGUUUGUGACUUCAAGGUGAAAGGAAGUUGGUUCGAGCGAUCUUGUGUUGUUUAUGCUGGUGAAUCUCUUAGCAUUGUUGCCCAGAUGCACAAGAAGAACACUGUUCAAAGCAUUGCGUUUGGGAAAGAUAAUUUCAUGGUUACUGUGUUUCCCAACAUCGAUUAUGCAUUCAUAGUGGCUCUAAUUCUGAUUCUUGACGAAAUUAACCAAGUCAAGAAUCAAGCUUAG